AUGGCGAGCCAACUACCACCACCACCACCCCCACAAUGGGUCCUCGACCUCAACUCGACACCACCCUCAAAAUCAAAGACCACCUUCCCCGACCCGCCAGGCUACACCCCAACCACCGCGCUCCAACAAUCCUCCAAAUCCAAGUCCUCCAAAUCCGCCGUCACCCCUCGCAAAGCACCCACCCCCGAAGAAAUGGACAGUCUCAAGCUCAAGAAAGCCUGGGAGCUCGCCCUUGCGCCCGCCAAACAACUCCCCAUGAACGCCAUCGGCAUGUACAUGACGGGGAACAGCCUGCAGAUCUUCAGCAUUAUGAUGGUGUUUAUGCUGUUCAAGGCACCCGUGCAGGCGAUUUUCAAUAUUCAGAGCACGUUUCAGAGACUGGAGAGUGAUGGGAACAAGGACCAGAUGAUUUUGGCGAAGUUGGCGUACAUUGGGUGUAAUCUGUUGGCGUUGGCGUUGGGGGUUUGGAAGGUUAAUGGGAUGGGGUUGUUACCGACGACGAGAUCAGAUUGGCUUGCGUGGGAGUCUCCAAGAGAACCGCUGGAGAGAGCGUAUUUCGUACCCUCGUGA